AACAUUGUUUUUUUAUACUCUCAUAUUACGCAGUAUCGAAGAAACUUGUGCGAGAGAACUCCCAUCAACAAUUAAUUACUAACAUUAUUUUGGUAAUGUUGAAAACAGUAUUGCGAUUGUGCCCACCAUGGCUAGAAAAUAGCCUUAUCUCCAUCUAUUUCAAGGCAAAAAGUAUUUCCACAAACGGAUUUGCUGGCACACAUAGCGAGUCUCUGACGGUUGAGCAGCCUGAAAUGAAGGUCCAGAUACUUCCUGCUCUCCAGGACAACUAUAUGUACCUGAUAAUUGAUGAAGCUUCUAAAGAAGCUGCCAUCGUUGACCCUGUCGAUCCAGACGCAGUGUUCAAAGCUGUGCAUGAGAACCAGGUUAAUUUGCGUAAAGUUUUAACAACCCAUCAUCACUGGGAUCACGCAGGCGGCAAUGAGAAUUUGGUUAAAAAAUUCCAACAUCUUGAAGUCUAUGGCGGAGAUGAUAGAAUUGGAGCCCUAAACAGAAAAAUAAAGACCGGUGAUUCCUUUAAAAUAGGAAACCUUAUCGUGAAAUGUUUGGAAACUCCUUGCCAUACCACAGGACACAUUUGUUACUACGUAACUGGGAACGAAGAUACUCCGGCUGUAUUCACAGGUGAUACGUUGUUUGCUGGAGGUUGUGGCAGAUUCUUUGAGGGCACUGCUGAACAAAUGCACAAUGCACUUAUUAACGUUCUAGGAACACUGCCCGAUGAUACCAAAGUUUACUGCGGUCAUGAGUACACGGAAAGUAAUCUCAAGUUUGCACAACAUGUUGAACCGAACAACGAGGCCAUUAAGCAGAAAAUACAAUGGGCCCGUGCACAGCGGGAAAAGAAGUUACCAACGAUUCCGAGUACAAUUUCUGAAGAGAAAAACACUAACCCAUUUAUGAGAGUUAAUGAACCGUCAGUCAUGGAACACGCUCGGCAGAACGACGCCAUUGCCACAAUGGCAGCUAUCCGAAAAGAGAAGGAUGGGUUCAAGGGAUAAACUUGAUUAACUUCAUUUAAAAAUCGUUAUAUGCACUGGUAGAUGCAUGGUAGGGGUAAUCAAAGCCUCUUAUCUCCAGUAAACUUUUUAUAUUAAAAAUGCUAAACAUACAUUAUUUUAUCUGUACAGUUGGGUGGUUGGAAUAUGAUACAAAGGGUGAAAAAUAAAUUCCUAUCGACAAAGA